AAGAGGAGGAGUCAGUGAGGAUUUCUCUUCCAGCGUGGGUGACUGCUGGUCUCUCUCUCCUGCUCCAGUAAGUGGAGGCACAAGUUCCCUUUCCCCCCCCCACCCUCAACUUCAUUCUUCAGGUCUGGGUUGUACUCUGCUACCUCAGCCAUGGCCCCCAAAAAGAACAAGACGACCAAGAAAAAUAAAGGAGACAUCAAUGAGAUGACAAUCAUGGUUGAGGACAGUCCUGUCAACAAGAUCAACGGGCUGAACACACUGUUGGAGGGUGGCAAUGGCUUCAACUGCAUUUCAACCGAGGUUACAGAUUCUGUGUAUGCCCCCAACCUUCUGGAGGGUCUGAGCACCAUGAGGAACGACAAUUUCCUCUGUGAUUUAACGGUUGCCACCAAGUCAAAGUCCUUCGAUGUCCAUAAGGUUGUCAUGGCCUCUUGCAGUGAGUACAUACGGAACAUCUUGAAAAAGGAUUCGACCCUGCAGAAGAUCGACUUGAAUGACCUCUCACCGGUGGGUCUUGCCACAAGCAUCACGUACGCGUACUCUGGAAAGCUCACCUUGUCGCUCUACAGCAUCGGCAGCACCAUCGCCGCGGCGAUGCUCCUUCAGAUCGGCACUUUAGUGAAGAUGUGCAGUGACUUCCUCAUGCAGGAGCUCAGCGUUGAGAACUGCAUGUAUGUUGCCAACAUCGCAGAUGCCUACGCUCUCAAGGAAACCAAGGCGGCGGCGCAGAAGUACAUGCGAGAGAACUUCAUUGAGUUCUCAGAGAUGGAGCAGUUCCUGAAGCUCACCUACGAGCAGAUCAGCGACUUCCUCUCGGAUGAUUCCCUGCAGCUUCCCUCCGAGGUCACAGCCUUCCAGAUCGCCAUGAAGUGGUUGGACUUUGACGAGAAGAGGUUAAAGUACGCCGCCGAUCUCUUAACCCACAUUCGCUUCGGCACCAUCUCCGCCCAAGACUUGGUUAACCACAUCCAGAGUGUGCCGAGAAUGAUGCAAGACCAUGAGUGCCACCGUCUCCUCGUGGAUGCCAUGAACUAUCACCUGCUGCCAUACCAACAGAAUAUCCUUCAGUCCCGUAGAACCAAGGUGCGCGGCGGCCUCAAGGUGAUACUCACCAUCGGAGGACGCCCCGCCUUGACGGAGAAAUCACUCAGCAAGGACGUCCUCUACAGGGACAUGGACAAUGUGUGGAAUCGGUUGACAGAAAUGCCAGCAAAGAGCUUUAAUCAGUGCGUGGCAGUGAUGGAUGGCUUCCUAUACGUGGCAGGGGGUGAGGACCAGAAUGACGCACGGAACCAGGCUAAGCAUGCCGUCAGUAACUUCUGCAGGUAUGACCCCCGCUUCAACACCUGGAUUCAUCUCAACAACAUGAUUCAACGGCGCACCCACUUCAGUCUCAGCACCUUCAACGGCCUUUUGUUCGCUGUCGGCGGGCGUAACACAGACGGUGUUCAGGCAUCGGUGGAGUGCUAUGUGCCGUCUUCCAACCAGUGGCAGAUGAAAGCCCCCAUGGAGGUGCCCCGCUGCUGUCACGCCAGCUCAGUCAUUCACGGGAAGAUCCUCGUUUCAGGAGGUUACAUCAACAAUGCCUACUCCAGGGCCGUGUGCUCUUAUGACCCAUCCACUGACUGCUGGCAAGAUAAGAGCAGUCUGAGCUCGCCUCGUGGUUGGCACUGCGCUGCCACGGUAGGAGAUCGCGCCUACGUCAUCGGUGGCAGUCAGCUCGGGGGUCGUGGGGAAAGGGUGGAUGUCCUGCCCGUAGAGUGCUACAACCCUCACACCGGGCAGUGGAGCUACUGCGCUCCUCUUCACACCGGCGUAAGCACGGCCGGCAUUGCCGUUUUGAACAGCAACGUAUAUGUCCUUGGGGGUUGGAAUGAGGGUGAGAAGAAGUACAAGAAGUGCAUUCAGGUGUACAACGCUGACAUCAAUGAAUGGACCGAGGACGACGAGUUGCCAGAAGCUACGGUUGGCAUUUCGUGCUGCGUCGUCAACAUCCCCACUCGAAAAACAACACGAGAGUCUCGAGCCAGUUCAGUCUCAUCUGCGCCAGUCAGUAUAUAAGCAGUAAAAUCCUUACAACAAUCUAGUUUACAUGCUUCCUGGCCUCAGGUUGUCUGUUACGUAAGCCUUGGAUCUCAUAACUCCCUGUGGUGAGCACUUGAAAGGUUUUUAAUGGAGUCUUUAAAGCUAAUAAUGGAGAAAAUAAAAGUGUUAACUGAGACAUUUAAAGUUACAAUUUGGCGGCUGGAUGGAUGGUUAUAUUUGGUAUCAUUAGGUAUUCAUUACGUUUAUGAUGCAGACAAACUGGUCAUAGCGAUAUCCAUCACAAUAGUUUGCUUUUUAUUAGGCAGUUAUUUUUUCAAAGGGGCCAAUAGAGAUAUUAGCAUUUAAUUUGCCUUCAUUCUGUCACAUAUAAAGAAUCUUUCACUGAAAUUAAAGUUACAAUGUGAAGAAUUUUGUUUGUCUCUAUUUACCCAACACCAUGACAAUCAUACUGUACAUGUGUUCACAUCGCUAAUAUUUAUUUCAAAAGAAAGUUUAGGGGGACUACUACUCUGACUUUCAGAUACUUGAACAGCAUAAGUAGUUGGAAUUAAUGUUGGGAAAAUCCUACCAGGCGUAGGUGUUUGCGAUGGAGUGUUUUUAGGCAAUUUCACAAACACUAACUAGUGGGGGCGCGGGGGGAGACCAGGCUCUCCUGGCAAAUGUUGUAAGGAUGAGGAAUGAAUGUCUUGAGGAAAAUGUAAAAAGUAUAUCUGUGUAUUGCAACUGGAGACAAAUAUUUCUGCCUGAGCUGUCUUGGGAGUUUUAAAUAUUUCCCUCAUUGCUCAUGAUAUUUUUGUUUUGUUUUUAAAUUAAAGAAGUUCACAGAA